GGAUCGGGCCCCAUUUGGAUAAAGUGCAUUGGUGUGGGUGGUUUUUGGGAAGAAAAUUUCAGGGAUCUUCGGAAAAUGAGGACUUGGUGUGGAGUAAUUUGUGUUUUGGUCGCGAUAUACCUAAACAAUGCAUCAGCCCAACAACCUCCCAGAUUGACAAUCCCUGGAGCCGUCUUAAUCCAAGGUGCCAGACCCUCCCCCCUCCGCCCAAGGAUAGGCGGCGGCGGGGGAGACUUCCCUCGACCACGCCGUCCGAGCAUCCCCAACGCCGUCCCGCUUCCCGUCAGGGAAGUACGUCCCGUGGUAGAAGAAGAAGAAGACCUUCCGUCCCCGACAUCAAAUUUCGACAACGAAGUCAACAAACUAGGCAUUUCGGCCCUGACUUCUGCCGUCAGACAGGCAGAAGAAGAAGAACCACCACUGAGGCCGUCGCCGUUGCCUUUCAGGCCCGAAAAACCGGUUCCCGUGACCAGGGACCAGAUCAGAGAGAGGCCUUCCAUUGAGAAUCAACCUAGGCCAGCCCCUGUGCCCCGACCUCUGCCUGUUCUGAGACCGGGGCCUCCGCCACAAAGGCCUGUCCUAAGACAGGAGAGGCCAAUCGUCAGGCAGGAAAUCGACGAUGAAGAAGAGAACAUUCCUAGGCAACCAAUCAGGAAGUCAAGACCACAACCACCUGCUCAGCAAUUCAGACCAGCUCCUGCCCAACGUCCGGCUCCCAGACCACAGAACGACGACGAAGAGUACCCCAGAAAAAGGAAACCAGUAGUACAAAUUUUGAGGAAAUACAGGACCGACAACGAGGACGGUAGCAUCACAUGGGGCUUCGAAAACGAUGAUGGCACCUUCAAGGAGGAGAACUUGGGCAUCGACUGCAUCACCAGAGGGAAAUACGGAUACGUAGAUCCUGAUGGAGUGCGAAGGGAAUACACCUACGAAAGCGGCAACAAAUGUGACGAACAAGACCCUGACGAAAUUGAGGAAGAAGCCAUAGCAAGACUUCCACCUAAAAAGCCAUUAAACAUUGGCAAACCUCAACCUCAGUUCAGACCCCCAGGUCCGCAGUACCAAUAAAUAAUUAUAAGUUUAGUUUAAAACAGUAAUUUUAAGGUUUUUUGUAUAC